CAAAACUCGCACAGAGAGCUCAAUUAAAAGACCAUGUCCGCCAUCGGGCGUCGACAGUCCUCGGUGUCCUUAUUUAAACCAAAUUCUCCAUGAAAUAGCAUUAUCCCGUGGCCUCAGCAAUGGCCAGUUCGGGUGCCGUUCAGGUGAAACUGGAACUCGGUCACCGUGCCCAGGUCCGAAAGAAACCCACCGUGGAAGGUUUUACGCACGACUGGAUGGUGUUUGUUCGCGGACCCGAACACAGCAACAUUCAGCACUUUGUGGAGAAAGUCGUGUUUCAUCUCCAUGAAAGUUUCCCAAGACCAAAAAGAGUGUGUAAAGAUCCACCAUAUAAAGUAGAAGAGUCUGGAUAUGCUGGCUUCAUCUUGCCAAUUGAAGUUUACUUUAAAAACAAGGAAGAACCAAAAAAGGUGCGCUUUGACUACGAUUUGUUCCUGCACUUGGAGGGCCACCCACCUGUCAAUCACCUGCGUUGUGAAAAGCUCACUUUCAACAACCCUACUGAAGAGUUCCGCAAGAAGCUGGUCAAGGCCGGAGGGCAACGUGAUCCUCACAAAAGAUCUUCGGAGGACUCUAAAGUAAUGGUAAUGCAGGAAGGCUCCACUUCUCUGUUCGGUCAGCAUCUCAAGCUGCCCACAUUACCCAGCAGCUCAUUAACAUUGACCUUCUCUGAUGUGAAAAAGAGCAAGUCCUUCCCAGGGUCAAAGGAUGGGUCCAAAAGCAGCAGUGCUCUUACUACCACAAAUAAUAUCAGCAGCAGCUCCCUAAAGCUCCACAAACCAUCCAAGGAGCACAAGGACAAGCCUUCCAAAGACUCAAAGGAGUCCAAAAGUGCCUUCAGAGAUUUCAGCAAGGACUCCGGAAAACUCUCUAAAGAUUCUAAAAAACCCAAAGAGAAUCAACCGCUUCAGGAAGAUCACCCCGUUCCUCAGAUGGGAUUCAAGGAGCCCAAGGCCUUGUCAAAGGAGCAGCAGCCAUCAGAGGUCAGCUUCUCAAACUUGGGACAGAGUAAACGGCGGCCUGUGUUGGACAGUGAAGGCAAUGUUACCAAAAAGCGGAAAAGCAGUUUUUCUGAGAGCUCGCAAAAGCUGCAUGCCUGUCCCACCUUGAUCCAGCACCACCAUUUGGACAAAAAAGUUCUGAAGGACAAGUCACAAAUCCGGCAGAGUAAAUUACAAAAUAGUGAACUUUCAGAAAAGAGGAAACCAGCAGUAUUACCUCCCUUCCAGGAUGUGUUGGACCCAAAUGACUCAGACAUGGAGGACAGCAUGUUCACAAGAUCAGAUUCUGAUCAACCCAGCCCAGCCAGCUCCAGUUCCAGUUCAAGCUCAGGCUUUGGACGCACACAAAAACGGCAAGAUCUGAUCACAGCGACUUUCAAGAAAGAGCCCAUAUUGGCAGUUGCCUCAGUUUCAAGAAUGCUGGGUCCUUUACGGACGGUAAUCCCAGAUUUGCACUCAGAUGAAAAUGAAGAGGAAUCAGAAGAGGAGGAUGGUAAUGACAUGGACUCAGACUUGGAGCGACCAUUACACAUGCAAAUGACACAUCGCCACCGCAGGGUGAGUUUAAGUGAUGGCAGCAACAGUGAAAACAGCUCUACCUCUUCACCACUACCCCAUAAUGACCCCCCACCUCUACUGAAAGCUACCAAUAGCCAGAUACUAGAAGGAAAGAGUCCCAUGAAACAAGCAAAGGCAGACAAAAAUAAAAACAUUGAUUUUGACAAGGCAUACUUGGAUGAACUAGUUGAGCUUCACAGAAGGCUAAUGACACUACGGGAGAGGCACAUAUUACAGCAGAUUGUAAACCUCAUUGAAGAAACAGGACACUUUCACAUCACAAACACAACGUUUGAUUUUGAUCUCUGCUCUCUGGACAAAACCACAGUUCGGAAGCUGCAAAGCUACCUGGCGACUUCUGGAUCAUCUUGAAGACUUGUGCAGCUGGCUGCAAUGAGGAGGACAAUCAGACCUCCUUUUUGACAUCGUUUUGUUUUUCUCUUGCAUAAAAACUUAUAAGGCAAUGGAAAGGAUGUUAUUUCUUCCAAGAGCUCCGCUGGUUUCUCUGUAUGCCUCAGAAUUUGACAAAACAUUAUGACUUGAGUCUGGAGGUUCUUAUGGUCAACCAGGACUUCACCCAAAACGCCUUGAUAAUCCAGCAUUGCCAAAACAAAACAAAAAUUCUUGGUCUAAAACAAAAUACAAUUGUGUAUAUUGUUAUUAUGUAUGAAUGUUUGAUAGAUUUUUUUUUUUUUUGUGUUUUGUUUUUUUGUGACAAAUGCAUGUUUCAACACUGCCUUACCACAUUGUCUAUUUAUUGAGUAUGAGUUUCAAGUGUGUGUGUGUGUGUGUGUUAGAGCAAAUGAUAUUAAACUUGUGCAAGCACUUGGGAACAAUCAUCUCAUUGGUACGGAAUGGUAAAGGAACAUCAGAAGUUUUGGUAAAUCAUUUUUUCACUUUAAAUGUGAAAAGAUGAGAGUUUCUUUCACUGUUUUUAUUGAUCAGAUUUUGGUGCUGUGGAAAACUGUUUUUUUUUUUUUUUUUGUUUGUUUUUUAUCUUUAAUGUUGUAUAUCAGGUAAAAUGAAUGGUUUUAGAACAAGCUGUACUUUGAUAUGAACCGUGAGGAUGACUUUCAGCCCUAUUAUUCAAUGAACUGCAGAUUGUCAGCUAAUUAUUUCUAGUCGGUAUCAACAGUAAAUUGUUGAUAUGUCAAUAAUUAAUGAUAUUAUGAAAAAGAAGGCAGGAUAUAUCUUCAACAAAAACCAGUGACCUCUGACCCAAAUGUUUCACUUAAAGUUUUGAAUAGAAAUGUGUAUUGUUGAAUCUUCAAUGUUAUUUAUUUUUUCUGGGGACCACAAAUCCCAAGACUUUAUUUGUUGUCCUCAAACCAAUGGGAACAAGCCAAGUGCUUACUCUUUAACUGUAGCUUGGUAGUUAUUUGUUAAACUGAGGAAAUCAAAAGUAUCGAACUUGACUUUUCAGGUCAAUUGAUUGAUGUUUUUAAAAUAACUGAAUUAAUUAAUUGAGGCCGAAUUAAGCAGAUUGUGCAGUUGAGCUAUAGCCCACAAACUCUGCAUAGAACAAGAGUAAUAUCUUUCAAUUUCAUUAUUUUUAUAAUGUUGAAUCCGAUUAGCCAGUCUUCUGGACAUAUAGAUAUUUUGGGAAACCCGAGGGUGGUGGAGGGAUGAGAGGGCAGACUGAAUAAUUGGCACUAUGUGUAGUGUAUACAGUUUUCAGAAGAAAAAAAAAAAAAAGACAUUUUGGAAUUUGUUUUGAUUUGUUUUUCUGAAUGAAAUCAUGCUUUGUACACUUUAUUUUUGUUUAUUUUCUCAGAUUCAGUUUCUCAGCCCAAAGAGCUUUUAGUUUAGUUAUCAUCGUAUAAUGUUUAUGUGUAUAUAAACUUUAUAUGUGAUAUAAAAAAAAAAAAUCAUCUUACCUUUAUCUGCUUUCUUGGAAGGCACUGACCUGCUUCCAAUCGAAAGCUCUUGAUCGUAAUAUAAAUUCAAAAUUGAUUUGAUAUUGAUGUGCAGUUACUGGCGAGUGAACAUUUUAUCCAUGCCAUUAAAUUGACAGAAAAUAAUUGCUUUUGUUAAUUGACCUAGAUAGCUUGCAAG